AUGGCCGACCUCAGUAGAGUAGAGUCGAUGCAGUACCCUGCGGGGCAUCUUUCUCAUCUUACCGAGAACCAGCAGGCCCAGCUGCUUGAGUUCAAAAACAUCUGCCAACAGGCAGGCUAUUACACACCUGCAGCCGGGGGGAAGCAAGCCAGCCAUGACGAUGAGACCAUGCUGCGCUACUUGCGCGCGCGUCGUUUUGUUCCCCAGGAAGCCUUUAAGCAAUUCAAGGACACGGAGGACUGGCGGAAAGAGAACAAGCUAAGCGAAAUCUUCAACACUAUCGAGAUCGAAGAGUAUGAGCAAACGCGCCGCCUGUACCCGCAAUGGCUCGGCCGACGCGACAAACGCGGCAUCCCUCUCUUCCUUUUCGAGGUCGCACCGUUGAACUCGAAGAACAUCUCCGCUUACGAGAAACAACUCGCCAAAUCAAAGACGACCAUACCUAAUGUCGCAACCAAGAACCUGCGCCUCUUCGCCCUGUACGAGUCGCUCACAAGAUUCUACACGCCACUAUGCUCCAUGGUCCCUCGCAACCACCCGGAGACGCCCAUCUCGCAGAGCAACAACAUUGUGGAUAUCAGUGGCGUCGGGUUGAAGCAGUUCUGGAAUCUGAAAGGCCACAUGCAGGAUGCUUCCGUGCUAGCCACGGCACACUAUCCCGAGACGUUGGAUAGGAUAUUCAUCGUCGGAGCGCCUGGCUUCUUUCCUACCGUUUGGGGUUGGGUCAAGCGUUGGUUUGAUCCCAUCACCGUCUCCAAGAUCUUUAUCCUCUCCCCGCAGAACGUCUACUCCACACUCUCCCAAUAUAUCGAUCACGACAACAUUCCGAAGAAAUACGGUGGCGGUCUCGAUUUCGAAUGGGGACAACUGCCAAACCUCGAGCCAGCCAUUGAGGCGCAAAUGAAGUGGGAGAAUCCAAAUACCCAGGACGGGCGCAAGACGUUCCCUAUCGGGCCAAUAAAGUGGGAGGAAGGGCAGGAUGGUGAGAUGCAAGCCUGGGGUGUUGGCAGUGAAAAUGGAGCACCACGAAGAAAGCUCAUCUUCUCCAUUCCGAAGCCUGUAGGAUACAAACAGGGGGAUUUAAUGCCACCUACACCCGCAACACAGAUCGGUGACCCUCUCACAACCGUGGGAACGGCUACGCAUCCUCCCGAUACCAACGAGCCAGAUAUUGAUACGCCUCCCUCAGACACCGAGUCGCGCCCUUCCAUGAGCUCACCACCAAAUACCACAACCCUACCGAUCCGCGAAGGCACAUCCGAGGCACGAUACGAGCAACAGAACCUUACACACGCAUCGGGUCAGCUCGCAGAUGGAACACCCGACGCAGCAGUUGUCGACCAUGGACAUGGUGACAAGACAGUUACGAUGGAGCCCAACACUGUGGGUCAAGCACCGAAAGAGGUACCACUCCCUGAUCGUGAAGAACCCGCUGCUCCGGGCUAUUUAGACCAAGCUAAACAAGCUGCUAUAUCAGCCUCCGCUGUAGUCACUUCCACUGCUACUUCUGCUGCAGAAGCCGUAACUGGUGCCGUUGGCGGGCAUAAGGAGGAGAAGGUUGAGGAACCUGAGAGGGUGAAGAGUCCACAGGAGCUGGAGAUGGACCGUCAGAUUGACGCGACAAGUGCCAAGGACGUCGAGGCGUUUCUAAGGGCUAAGACUGCUAGCGGGGGUCACAUAGUCAGUUGA